AUGAAUCCAUUGCUUGCAACUAUACGUCGUUACUCUGCAAUGUCAUCAACUACUCCUCCAUGCUCACCCUUCACCAAGGCUGUGGUGAGCUCUAUGAGAAAGCUAUAUCCAGAGUCAUUGGCUGAUAAGAGCUUUGAUAAUACUGGAUUGCUUCUCGAGGCUCCCUUUGAGCCAUCUCGCCGUCAGAAGAAUUCGGUGCUAUUGGCCAUUGAUCUAACUACUGCGGUUGCAGAUGAGGCAAUCAGCAAUAAAAACUCAGUUGUUGUUGCUUAUCACCCAAUCAUCUUCCGAGGCCUCAAGUCUCUCACGCUUGAUGACUCCCAGCAAAGAUCUCUUCUGCGACUGGCGCAACAUGGAAUUAGUGUCUACUCACCUCACACAGCUGUUGACACUGUUCCUGGUGGCAUGGCAGAUUGGCUCUGCGAUGUGGUGACGAACACAUUCCUAACAGCUGAUUCAAAGCCAGCAAUCAAAGAUUGUGCUUCAGCUUUGUACUCUGCACCUAUCUUUCCCCAGCCUGAGCUUGUUCCACUCCGUUCAGCAAAAUCUGACCACCAAAUACCCCAUACCCGAAGCACAAUUCACCCUUCACCCUCGGCCACCAUCCCGGAAGGCUUUGAGUCUGCUGGUGCUGGUCGUCUCGUUACUUUUACUGAGGCGCAGCUUCUUACUAGCCUGAUCGACCACAUUGGCCGUGGCGUUGGAUUUCCAGCUGGCAUUCCUAUCGCUAUCCCACAGCUAAAGUCUAUUGAUGACAUUCAAAUCCGGACAGUAGGCAUGUGUCCCGGCUCUGGCUCGGGUGUGCUCCUUCGCGGAGGAGAAAUUCCUGAUCUCCUCUUCACCGGAGAAAUGAGUCACCACGAAGCUCUCGCAGCCACGGAGCGGGGAUCUGUUGUCAUUUCCCUUUCACACUCCAACUCUGAGCGUGGAUAUUUGCGUGGUGUUAUGCAGAACAAACUGCUUCAUGAACUAGCUCAGCAGUGGGAGACUGAUCGGAAGACCGCUUCUUCCUCUGAAGAAAUAUAUGAUGAUGCCACUGUUGACGUGUCUGUCAGUAAGACUGAUCGUGAUCCAUAUGGAAUCAUGGUCUGGCGUGGUUGA